AUGAAGCCCACGGACGACAUGCCAAUACCCAAUACCAGCGGUCAAGCAGCUUCUACAGGCCCCUUGUCAAGCGGGUCGCCCGGUAGCGACGGUGACAGCGGCCAGAGCCGCAAGACCAGCAUCGACGAAGAAGGCAGCUACAACAGCCUUGCCGACGCAACCAGCGGCCAUAGAGAAAACUACAGUGACGACGAUACUGAAGGCGCUAGAGUGGUUUGCGACGAUGGCAACGGCAUCAAGACGCUCCUCCGGUCGAUCCUCGACAGCGUCGUCACCCAUGGCACUUUUGCCACUGGCGACCAACUCCCCAAUGGCUUCCCACCCUCGCUGCUGCGUGUCGACGGUGUUGGCCGCAUUGCCUUUCCGCUGUGUCCUGAGCAAGCCGCGACGCUCAAGGCCGCCUGCACCAUUUCGCCGUUUGGUCGUGGUCACGACACGGUCAUCGACACGAACGUCCGUCGCAGCGUCGAGGCGACCGCCGACAAAGUUCACUUGUCGCCGGCGUGGACGGCUGCCGUCAACCAGUUGGCCAUUGACGCGUGCGAGAAGCUCGGUCUCUCGUUCCCUGUCGACGCGCACUUGUACAAGUUGCUCUUGUACGAGGAGGGUGACUUUUUUCUCGAGCACCAGGACACGGAGAAGGAGCCGGGCAUGUUUGGGACAUUGCUCGUCCAGCUUCCGGCAGAGCACACGGGUGGUCACUUGGACGUCCUGCACCGAGGCCAGACGAAGCGAUUUGGUUUGGACGGCCCCGCGAGCGCGGACGCGCUGCACUACUGCGCUUUCUUUGCCGACGUGCACCACGCCGUCGCACCCUUGACGUCUGGCCACCGUCUCGUGCUGACCUAUUGUUCCAUCGGCACCAGUCGCUUCUCGGCUGGCUGGCGCUCGAACUGA